GAAGAGUUCUCCUUCAUUUCCAGAGUUGGUUAGUUACCUUUGGUUCCAAUUCCAUCUCUCUCGCUCACUUUGACUCUCUUAUAUUUUAUAUAAUAAAACCCCAACUCAACCCUUCGACUCAAGACUGCUAGGAGCGGGACUGGUAGUGAGUCUUCUUUGCUCCAUGGAAACUUUUCUCCCAUAAAAACCCACGUCUCAAACGCCACAAUUUUUUUUUUUCGUCCCUUAAUUUGAACUGAUCUUAAAAGAAGAAUGGGAACUGUAUCAAGAUCACCACAAACUGCAAAUCUGAUGUCAGAUCUGUUGAACACAUUCUCUCUCAAGCCAUUGAAGUUGAAAACAAAGCAACAAGAACUCUUGAUCCGUGUCUCUAUCCUUUGUCUUGUCUAUGUCUUAGCUUUCAUCACUCGUUUAUUUAGCGUCCUUCGUUAUGAGUCAAUGAUUCAUGAAUUCGAUCCAUACUUCAAUUAUCGAACCACUCUUUUCUUAACCCAGAAAGGGUUUUAUGAGUUUUGGAAUUGGUUUGAUUCUGAGAGUUGGUACCCACUUGGACGAAUCAUUGGUGGCACUCUUUACCCUGGUCUUAUGGUUACUGCUGCUCUUAUUUAUUGGACACUUAGAUUACUCCGAUUCGCGGUCCAUAUCCGGGAGGUUUGCGUGUUGACAGCUCCCUUUUUCGCUUCUAAUACUACCAUUGUUGCCUAUUUCUUUGGUAAAGAAAUUUGGGAUUCUGGUGCUGGUCUUGUUGCUGCUGCUUUGAUUGCUAUUUGUCCCGGUUAUAUUUCGCGAUCGGUUGCUGGUUCUUAUGAUAAUGAAGGAGUGGCUAUUUUUGCUCUCUUGUUGACCUUUUAUUUGUUUGUUAAGGCUGUCAAUACGGGUUCUCUUGCUUGGUCUUUGGCUUCCGCUUUUGGCUAUUUUUAUAUGGUUUCUGCUUGGGGAGGAUAUGUUUUUAUUAUUAAUUUGAUACCUCUUUAUGUUUUGGUGCUGUUGAUUACUGGGAGGUAUUCAUUGAGGUUGUAUGUUGCCUAUAACUGUAUGUAUGUGUUGGGAAUGCUGCUUGCUAUGCAAAUUCGAUUUGUUGGUUUCCAGCAUGUUCAGUCUGGUGAGCAUAUGGCUGCAAUGGGAAUCUUCUUCUUGAUGCAGGUACUUUAUUUCUUAGAUUGGGUUAAGUACAUGCUAAAUGAUGCAAAAUUAUUUCAAGCAUUUUUGAGGAUCACUGUGACCUGCACAGCUGGUGUUGGUGCUAUUGCUCUGGGGGUUGGCACAGCAUCUGGCUAUAUUUCACCAUGGACAGGUCGGUUUUAUUCGUUGCUGGAUCCCACAUAUGCCAAGGAUCACAUCCCCAUCAUUGCAUCUGUCUCUGAGCAUCAGCCAACAGCUUGGUCAUCUUUCAUGUUUGAUUUUCAUAUCCUGCUUUUCCUUUUCCCUGCUGGCCUUUAUUUCUGCUUCAAGCGACUAUCAGAUGCUACAAUAUUUAUAGUGAUGUAUGGUCUCACCAGCAUGUAUUUUGCUGGUGUUAUGGUUCGACUGAUUCUUGUGGCUACACCUGCUAUGUGCCUCAUUAGUGCUAUCGCUGUUUCUGCAACUAUAAAGAAUUUGACAUUGUUACUAAGGACAAAGCACAAAGUUACCCAAACAGGUUCUACUAAAGGAACUAGUGGUGCAAAGGCUUCUUCCAGGCAGGGUUUGCUUGAUCAAUCUCAGCCUUUUCAAAGAAAUGGUGCUAUUGCAUUGCUUCUUGGUGCGUUUUACUUGCUCAGUAAGUAUGCUACACACUGUACCUGGGUGACAUCUGAAGCAUACUCAUCUCCAUCAAUUGUCUUGGCUGCAAGGGGUGCCCAUGGCAAUAGGGUCAUCUUUGAUGAUUAUCGUGAAGCAUACUACUGGCUACGUCAAAAUACACCUGCAGAUGCUAAGGUUAUGUCAUGGUGGGAUUACGGAUAUCAGAUUACCGCCAUGGGAAACAGAACUGUUAUAGUUGACAAUAAUACUUGGAACAAUACUCACAUUGCUACUGUUGGACGUGCAAUGUCAUCUUAUGAGGAUGAAGCAUAUGAGAUAAUGAGAUCGCUUGAUGUGGAUUAUGUAUUAGUUGUCUUUGGCGGUGUUACUGGUUAUUCUUCUGAUGAUAUCAACAAGUUUUUGUGGAUGGUUAGAAUUGGAGGUGGAGUAUUCCCUGUAAUAAAGGAACCAGAUUACCUUGUCAAUGGUGAGUACCGUGUUGACAAAGGUGCAGCUCCGAAGAUGUUGAAUUGCCUCAUGUACAAGCUAUCCUACUAUCGCUUCGGAGAGCUGGUAACAGAAUAUGGCAAGCCUUCAGGGUAUGAUCGCGCAAGGGGUGUAGAAAUUGGAAAUAAAGACAUCAAACUUGAAUACUUGGAAGAGGCAUUCACCACAUCAAACUGGAUCGUCCGUAUUUACAAGGUCAAGCCACCGAAUAAUAGAUGGUAAGAUCUCUCCCGAUCUGCAGGAGAAAAGAAAAAGGAACUCCGUACGAAAUAUGAGAGCUCCAAUCUUGGAAUAUAGAGUUGGCUGUAGAAGUGAUAGUGGUUUUGCUUAGAGAUUGAGCUUGUAACAUUCAAGGCUCUUAAGUUUUCCAGACCCCCGUUUCUGAAAGUUUUUGCAAUGGUCCUUCACCUGAUUAGUUGAAUACUAUUAACACUAUCUGUGGUUGGUAGACAUCUUAGAUCCUUUACUACUUACUGUCCAGUGUAACGAACUAGCUUUGGUGCAAUUCAUAGAUGUAGAUUGGGUAUCA